UUUAUUUUACAGUUUAACAAUAAUGCUCAGAAUGUCAGCUGCUUUAAUCAUCUUGUUCAAGCUAAUGUGAGGAACAAGAAGAAGCUGAAAGAAGCUGUUUAUAAAAUCUCUGCUAAAGGAAUUACAGAUUACAAAAAAGGCUUUAGCUACGCUUUUGAACAGCUGCUAAAUCACAGUGUCUCUAGAGCUAACUGCAAUAAGAUAAUUAUGUUAUUUACGGAUGGUGGUGAAGAAAGAGCACAAGAAAUUUUCCAUAAAUAUAAUGAAGACAAAAAAGUACGUGUGUUCACGUUUUCUGUUGGUCAACAUAAUUAUGACAAAGGACCCAUACAGUGGAUGGCCUGUGAAAAUAAAGGUUAUUAUUAUGAAAUUCCAUCCAUUGGAGCCAUAAGAAUAAACACCCAGGAAUAUCUGGAUGUUUUGGGAAGACCAAUGGUUUUAGCUGGAGAGAAAGCCAAACAAGUCCAAUGGACAAAUGUCUAUCUGGAUGCUCUGGAACUGGGCCUUGUGAUUACAGGAACUCUACCUGUCUUCAACCUAACAAAGGAACAAAAUGGGAAAAUAAAUCAGCUGAUUCUUGGAGUAAUGGGGGUUGAUGUCUCUUUGGAAGACAUAAAAAAACUGACACCACGAUUUACACUUUGUCCAAACGGAUACUAUUUUGCAAUUGAUCCUAAUGGGUAUGUGCUACUUCAUCCAAAUCUCCAACCAAAGCAAAUUGGUGUGGGCAUACCAAAAGUUAAUUUGAGAAAAAGGAGACCCAAUGUACAGAAUCCUAAAUCCCAGGAGCCUGUUACACUGGAUUUUCUAGAUGCUGAACUGGAAAAUGAUAUUAAAGUUGAGAUUCGGAAAAAAAUGAUAGAUGGAGAAAGUGGAGAAAAAACAUUUGAAACACUGGUCAAGUCCCAAGAUGAGAGAUACAUUGAUAAAGGAAACAGAACAUAUACCUGGACUGCUGUGAAUGGCACUGAUUACAGUUUGGCAUUGGUGUUACCAUCAUACAGCUUUUAUUAUAUUAAAGCCAAAAUAGAAGAACCAAUAACUCAAGCCAGAUAUUCAGAAACACUGAAGCUUGAUAAUUUUGAUGAAGCUGGCUAUACUUUUAUAGCACCAAGAGAAUACUGUAAUGAUGUAAAAAAAACAGAAAACAACACUGAAUUUCUAUUAAAUUUCAAUGAAUUUAUUGACAGAAAUACUCCAAGCAGUCCGUCAU